AUGGCGACAAUCGACUUUGACAUCAACGAUGCACUGAAGCAUUACAUGUCGGAUCCUACGGCGGUUCCCACACCAGAGGCCGACAGUUCUCUGCUCGACUGCGAAAAUGAUCCUGAAUCUCUCACAGUACAGGUCAUUAACCCGGUGCUGAACCCCAUCGUGGAUGCCAUUGCAGACAAUCCCGACGCGAUUCUGCGGGCUGCAAAUGUCGAUUCGCUGCAGUUCCUGCUAAAAUAUACGCAAUACAUUUCCCCGCACGCCCUCAGCAAGAUAUUCGAUGUUGUUAUGAGCGGUCUCAGUGCGGAAGCCGACGCCGCUAACAAUGACGUCGAUUCUCCUGACGAGCAAGAAGCUAUCGCACACCACAAGCAACUCCUCGAAAUAUACGCUUUCUUGCUGCAAUGGACGAUUGCCGGAGUGGAGGCAAAGGCAGCAGAAAAGUCAUCCACGGCUCCGCUUGCGCGAGGCCGCGCAAAACCGAAGAAGGGCGCGGCCAAGGAAGAGGCCUGGGACUCCGCUGCACAGCUGCAGGCAGCAUUGGAUAUCAUGUGCAAGGUGCUCAAGCUGAAGCUAUCCAAGAUCUUUCUUACAACCAGCGAGCGCGACACCUUCAUCAGCCUCCUCACCCGACGUGUUUACAUGGUGCUUGAGAGUGAGCAAAGAGUCAAGACGACAUCCAUUCGUAUGCACAGCUUCAAAGUUCUUUGCAUGGCUGUCAAGAAUCACGGUCAUGGAUAUGCUGCGCAAAUCAAUGUUAUUCAAAACCUCACCUAUUUCGAGCACCUUUCCGAACCAAUGGCGGAGUUCCUUCAUAUUCUUGCCGAUACAUACGACUACCCACAGCUUGCCGAUGAGGUUUUACGCGAGCUUAGCAACAAAGAGUUCAACUCGAACGAUACAAAGGGACCCAAGUCCGUCUCGACCUUUAUCGCAAAGAUCUCGGAGCUAGCCCCCCGAAUUGUGAUCAAACAGAUGACGAUGCUUGCCAAGCAACUCGACAGCGAGUCAUAUACGCUUCGCUGUGCUCUGAUUGAAGUGUGUGGCAACAUGAUUGCGCAUUUAAGUAUCCAGGAUGAGCGCGGCGAAAGCCACAAGACCCAGCUCAACGCAUUCUUUGAUGUAUUGGAGGAGCGAUUCCUCGAUAUCAACCCUUACUGCCGAUGCCGCGCCCUGCAAGUCUAUAUGAAGCUUUGUGAUCUUGAGCAAAAGUUUCCCAAGAGAAGACAGAAGGCUGCUGAGCUUGCCUGCCGUAGUUUGGAAGACAAGAGCAGCAAUGUGCGCAGAAACGCCAUCAAGCUGCUGGGCACAUUGAUUAAGACCCAUCCCUUCACUGUGAUGCACGGUGCUCAGCUAUCGAGAAAGGAGUGGCAAACACGACACGACAAGGUUGAGGAGGAACUCAAUGCCCUCAAGCCGCCCCCAGGAAUGCCGGGAUUUGGGGACGAAAAUGCCGAGGGCAAUCUCGACAACGAACUACUCGACGAGCAGACCCAGGUUGAAUCACCAAAGAAGCCGUCCGAGAUGACAGAUGAGCAAAAGGUCGCCGCUAUCAAGAAGGCUCAAGAGGAGGUUGCCACGGGCGAGGCUAUCGAGAAGCUCACGCUGACCAGGAGGUAUUAUAACGAAGCUCUCAAGUUCAUUGAUGUCCUUCACGACGCCACUGGCAUUAUCUGUCAACUCCUUGGCUCGCGCAACAAGAGCGAAGUCAUCGAAGCCAUUGACUAUUUUGAAGUCGGUGAUGCUUACAAUAUUGAGCAAAACAAGGUCGGUAUUCGACGCAUGUUGAGGCUCAUCUGGACGAAGGGCAACAGCGACGAAGGCAAGGGCGUUCAGACUCAUUUGAUUGAAUGCUACAGGCGCCUUUUCUUUGAAGCUCCUGAUUCUUUUAGUCCCAAUGAUGCUGCCAAUUACAUUGCUCGCAACAUGAUCAGUCUGACAUUCGGCGCAACUUCCGCCGAGCUCACCUCGCUAGAGCAGCUUCUGGCUACUAUGAUGAAGGGCGGUAUCAUCCCCGAUGUCGUUGUGUCUAAGCUAUGGCAAGUUUAUGGCAUCCAGAAGCGCGAGAUUUCCAAAACUCAACGUCGCGGCGCCAUUAUAGUCCUAGGUAUGCUUGCGACUGCAAAUCCGGAAAUUGCUGUGGGCGAGAUCGAGACUAUGCUCAGGACCGGACUUGGAGCUCACGGCCGCAAUGACCUCCAGCUAGCCAAGUACACAUGCAUCGCUCUCAGACGAAUCAAUCCUCUGGGCCGCAACGCGAAAGAGUCAAGUGUCAAGUUCUCGCGACUUCCCAACGACCACGCUGUCUGUGUCCGACUGGCCGCCAUUACUGAGGUGCAGUCCGAAAGCAAGGAGUGGUACGGCGUGGCAGAACAAGCCAUCAACGCCAUCUAUGCUGUCUCCAAGCACCCGGACACGCUAUGCUCGCAGAUUCUCCGCCGCAAGACUAGAUACGUUUUCAACAACCCCCAGUCUCGCCCUGCCUCGCGGGAUGAGACUCAGGCUGUUAUUGAUUUGACGACGAGUGAGAAGCCCCGCAAGCGCGACAAUGCCGUUGCUCUCUCACAGCUACUGUUUAUUGUGGGACACGUUGCUAUCAAGCAGAUUGUGCACUUGGAACUCUGCGAGCUCGACUUCAAGCGUAGAAAGCAGGAGAAAGAAAAGCAGGCGCAGGCUGAAAAGGAGAAGGACAAGGAGAAGGAAGAAGGUGAUGAACUUGAUCUGAUCGGCGGAACUACCGAAGAUGAUUUCACGGAAGCGAUGACGCACAUUCGAGAGCGUGAGCUUUUGUAUGGACCAAGCUCACUCUUGGCAACAUUUGGACCACUGGUGUCGGAAGUCUGCGCCAACAACACAACAUAUGCCGACAAGGGCCUCCAGGCUGCGGCCACGCUGUGUCUGGCCAAGCUGAUGUGCGUUUCGUCGGAAUACUGCGAAACAAAUCUGCCCCUUUUGAUUACCAUCAUGGAGCGUUCUCCAGACGCCACUGUGCGCUCAAAUGCCGUCAUUGCGCUUGGCGACAUGGCCGUCUCCUUCAACCAUCUCAUUGAUGAGAAUACUGACUUCCUCUACCGCCGACUUGCGGAUGACGAUGUAUCUGUCAAGCGAACGUGCCUCAUGACCCUGACGUUCCUCAUCCUAGCCGGCCAGGUGAAGGUCAAGGGUCAACUUGGAGAGAUGGCCAAAUGUCUGGAGGACGAGGAUCGCAGAAUUGCGGACCUAGCGAGGAUGUUCUUCACCGAGCUCAGCACCAAGGACAAUGCCGUCUACAACCACUUUGUGGACAUGUUUAGUCUGCUCAGCGCCGGCAAUAUGGACGAGGAGAGUUUCAAGAGGAUCGUCAAGUUCCUCCUUGGCUUUGUUGAAAAGGACAAGCACGCAAAGCAGUUGGCUGAGAAGCUGGCGGCGCGACUUGCGCGUUGUGACAACGAGCGACAGUGGAACGACGUGGCUUUCGCGUUGGGUCUGCUGCCGCACAAGAAUGAAGACAUCGCGAAGCAGGUGUCAGAAGGCUUUAAGCUGGUGCAGGCCGCUGCUUAA